GGGUCCCCCGGCUCGGCUCCGCGCGCCCCGAGCGCAGCCCCCGGAAGUGCGCGCCGGCGGCCCCGGCGAAGUGACAUCUGGCAAUGUCUGGAAACAUUUUUGGCUGUCAGCAGAACUUGAGAAGCUACCUGAGGCCAACCAAGUUUCAGAACCUUUACUGCCUCACACCAGCAUCAGCAGGGAUGAACUAUUUUUGCCAGAUAAUCCUCUGUUCCUGACAGCACAUCUCUCCCCAGAAGAGAAGCGAGGGAGGUGCCACCUUGAUCCAGCUGAAGCAUUUCCAGGAAGCUUCUCUCUGGAUGCCACGUCGAGGCUGCCCUGCCGUAGCACAGAGCUGGUGAUUGCCGAGUGUGUGGACAUGGCUUUGCUCAGCAACAUCCUGGCGGCCUAUUCCUUCGUCUCAGAAAACCCCGAGCGCGCAGCUCUGUACUUUGUCUCCGGCGUGUGCAUCGGGCUGGUGCUCACUCUGGCCGCCUUGGUGAUGAGGAUCUCUUGCCACACAGACUGCCGGCAGCGUCCCCGGAAGAAGUUCCUGCAGGACCGAGACAGCAGCAGCGACAGCAGCGACAGCGACGACGGCAGCUCGGACACAGCGUCUGACAUCUCCGUCAGGAGACACCGCCGCUUCGAGAGGACUUUGAACAAGAACGUGUUCACCUCGGCCGAGGAGCUGGAGCGCGCCCAGCGACUGGAGGAGCGGGAACGCAUCAUCAGGGAGAUCUGGAUGAACGGCCAGCCGGAGGUGCCCGGGACCAGGAGCCUGAACCGCUACUACUAGGGGCGGGAACGGAUGCCCGCGUCUCAGGAAGCCGCCGGGGAGGGCCAGGGUCCACCGGCAGGGUGGGCACAGGGCUGAACGCAGUUCUGCUUAAGCCCUGGGGGCAGAGAUAAGCAGGACACGCCCAUUUCCCAGACAGGAGGACUCAUCUUUCCUUUUCUAUUAAAUUCAUGGAGAAGUAGAAAACCCAAGUCAGUUCAUCAACCUUUCCAGGUCUUGGAACGGUGCUGAAAACCCUCUCCAACAAUGUGGGUGGAGAUUAGAGAAACGGGACUGUGGUUUCUCUUGAUUUCUGAGGAUCUCAGAAGUUUCUGCAGACUUCAUUGCUUUGUGUUAUUCCUUUACAAAAGGAAGAUUUUCAUGGCAUGAAGGCUAGGAAUAGCAGGGUGAACUUAACCCAGUAAAUGCAAUUUUCUAAAUGACCCCAUGCUAUGGAGGUGAUUCUCAUCCAGAUAGCAUGAUCUAUGCUUAUUAUUUAAGGCUGAUUUUUAAAAAUCUUGUGUUGCAAUGGCAACCUUGUCCAUUUUAACUGGCACCUCAGGGAUUAAAAUCCUAUUUUUUAGUAUAGUUCCCACCUCAUUCAUGAAGAUGGAUAGAAUUAAUGUAUUAUGGGAGAUGUGUCAGUGAACUAGAAAAUAUCAAUAACCUCAAAGGAUGAAGGGUUUUAUUUUAAAUCGUUUAUAAAAUAUAUAUUAACAUGCAUAUUUGAAGAUGCUGCAUAAGAAUAAAAGAUGUGUCUCCCCCUGCCUCCCCCCCCCCUUUGGAGGAAAGAAAUUUUGUUAUAAAUCUAGAUACUCAUGAUUUUAAACAUUUUGUUAAAAAAAACAAGUUUGAAUUUCCAAGAAAAGAAUGGGAAUGGGAGAUGAGGAAUAAAGCCAAAAUUAGGAUGAGAUAAAAAAAAUAAUAAAUACUACAUAAAAUCUUUUUUGUUUCA